ACAUCUGACAAUCACGGGAGCCAUUUGUUUCCAUUAGUGCGAGUGAAAUUUUUUAAACAAUCGCUAUGGGAGAAAUUAAUCACUAUGAUGUCAGGCAAAAUGAGAAAUACGGACGUUAUUUAGUAGCUAAUAAAGAUUUGGAGUGUGGGGAGUUGAUAUUUACUGAUACACCGUUUGCUUUUGGACCAAAACCAGAUACUCCACCAUUAUGCCUGGGAUGCUACUGCGUGGUGGAGAACACGCUGUGUUCACAAUGCGGCUGGCCGAUUUGCGGCCCGGAAUGUGAAACGGCGCCGGCACACGUAGGAGAGUGUGCGGUCUUCGCCAACGCUAAGGUUCGCUUCCAGCCCGUCGAUGACUGGACUACCAGCUCGCCACAACUCGAUUGCAUCACUCCACUAAGGCUACUGUUAGCUAAAGAGAAAGACCCCGACCGCUGGCAGUCCGAGCUAGAAGCCAUGGAGACACACACGGUUGCACGCAAGGAGCGGCCGACGUGGGGCGCUGACCAAGUGAACAUUGCUGAUUUCCUAGUCGACCACUGCAAACUUGGUAGCCGCUUCGAUAAAGAUCUUGUGCAGAGGGUCUGCGGGAUUCUUGAGGUUAAUUCCGUAGAGGUUCCAUCUCGCGGCGGAUUCAGCAUUCGCGCGAUAUACCCUCGAUUGUCCAUCGCUGCCCACAGCUGCGUACCUAAUAUCGCACAUACUAUUCUUCAGAAUGGUUAUCAGGUUCUAGUGAGAUCAGCCGUACCAAUCAAGACUGGCGAACCACUAUACCUCUGCUACACCUACGUGCUUUCACCCACCAUCAUAAGACGAGAAUUCUUACUGGAGUCCAAGUUCUUUAACUGCGAUUGCCCACGAUGUGCAGAUCCUAUGGAGCUGGGUACACAUUUAAGUACCCUGAAAUGCAACAAAUGCGACAAUGGAAUUAUUUUGUCGACCAAUCCUUUGGACAAUGAAGCGCCUUGGAAAUGUACAGAUAAGCAAUGCGAGUUCAAAACAACGAACGCAGCGGUCCGCAAGAUGCUGGCCGUAGUCCAAUCGGAAAUCGAUCAGCUUGAUGCGAUCGAACCAGGCCCGCAGACUAUUGAAGCCAGAGAAACCGCUCUUAAAAAGUACAAAUCAGUAUUUCACCCUCGCCAUGCGCUGCUACUGUCGCUCAAACACGCUCUAGCGCAGUUGUAUGGGCGAGUAGAAGAGUACACUCUCGACGAACUGCCGGACAUUAUACUGGAGCGGAAAAUAGAAUUCUGCAAACUGGUGCUCGACACCUUGAAUAUCAUCGCACCUGGAGAGAACCGAAUGAGAGGUAUGAUGCUCUACGAACUUCAUGCGCCAGUAAUGUUUUUAGCUAGGAGCGAGUUUUCAGCAGGCCUAAUUACUCAAGAAAAGCUAAAGGAACGUUUACAAGAACCGAUUCAACUACUAGCUGAUGCCGCCAGAAUACUUAUGAGAGAAGACCCUCAGAGUCCAGAAGGAAUAACGGGUCAGGUCGCCCAACAAUCCAUGGAACAACUUAAGGCUAGUUUAGAAAGUCUCUAAAAUUUUUGUAAGAUAUAUUUCAUAUAAGUUCAGGAUCAAAAACCCGAAUUUAAGUGUUAGACAUGGUGUGUGAUUUGUAUGACCUAUG